AUGUGUGCCCUCCAUAUGUGAAUCGGCAAAACAGUCCGUCAUUUAAGUAAACAACAGUCGGACUCAGAUGUGGGCAAAACAGCGAAGCUAUUGUGCGGCGCGUGGAAGACGACUGUUAAGGAAGAACAGGAACGCGAGGAACAGCGCGAAGAGUCCGCCGAUGAGGACGACAACGAUAACCAGGACUACGACGACGACGAGCCCGAAGAAGAGCCCACUGUUAAAGAAGAGCCCGAAGAGGAAGAGUCCGAAGAAGAACCGAUCCAUAGGCCGGUUAAGAAUAGGUCACACGAGAGGAAUGGCCAUAAAAUUAAAACCGAAUACAUUAGUCACGAAGACGAAGAGGAAGAGGAAGAAGAGCCCAACGAGUCGUAUAGCAGUAAACGCAAACACAAUGAGGAGAAGUCGUCGGAUAGAAAACACUCGCGAAAGCAUAAAUCAAGUCAUAAAUCCCGUG